UCAAUUAAUACAAUUGAAAUUAGCCAUUUAUUCUUUAAUUACAAAGCAAAACAAUAAAUAAAUAGAAAAAAAAAAAAGACAAAACAAUGAGGCCAAAGCAUUAAACAAAUGAAAAGGAAAAACAAUUAAAUGAUCCAAAGCUAUCAUUUAGCCGCAAAACAGAAAAGGAAAAAGAAAAUAAAAUGGGAAAAGGUGAAAGAGGGGCCCGCAUGUAUCAGUUUGAAGGUGGGUACAAAUUUGCACCUAGUUUUUUCGGUUUCCGUGUUGAAACUGGUUUCCAUUUUCUUCAAAGGUAGUUCCAAUUUAAGAAACUGCGUAGAAAAAACACAGAUGGAGACACCCUAACAAUAGAAUUAUUUUUAUUUAAAUAAAACAUUGAAUAUAGUUAAAUUUGAUAAAUUUUAAUUUUAAUUUAAUUUUAUUUUAUUAAGAAUCCAAUUAUGGUACCAUGUAGUCAUCGAAGUCUUGGGAUUGAAAUGGUGCCUACCAGUUUCACUGCAAUCAUCUGCUUCUGCUCUUUGGUUCAGUCCAUCGCCUUUCUCAAAUCAACCUAUGGAGCAGAUGAUUCCCUUUUUAACAACCAAACCAUUGCUAUUGGCCAGACUCUGGUUUCUGAAAACCUAGUUUUCGAGCUUGGAUUUUUCCGUCCUGGAAAAUCGCCGAAUGUAUUUUUAGGCAUAUGGUACAAAGCCGUACCUGAUACUGUAGUUUGGGUUGCAAACAGAAACAAUCCCAUCACUGAUUCGCAAGGAGUCGUCUUCGCUGUUGCUGGAAACGGCACUCUCCUUAUAAGCAGAGAUGAAAGCGUUAUCUGGUCGGCGAAUCCAUCAACGGCGGCAUCGCGUCCAGUUGUACGGCUCCUAGAAACUGGAAACCUAGUUGUUGUGGACGAGGCGACGGAGGAAGGCUACUACUUAUGGCAGAGUUUUGAUUUCCCAACUGACACGUGGCUAUCAGGGAUGAAGAUGGUAGAUGACCUUGAUGCCGGCGUUAGCACUAACUUGACAUCAUGGAGAAAUUGGGAUGAUCCUUCGCCUGGAGAUUUCAUGAUGAAGAUCGAGAACCAUGGCAUGGGUGAGAUGGUGAUUUACAGAGGCACAAGGAAAAGAGCACGCACUGGAAAGUGGAAUGGCCUCUAUUUGAAUGGUAUACCUCGCUUCCGCAGUAAUGUCCCCGGAGCUGAAUUGAUCUACAAAGAGGGGAGGUUCAUAUCUAUCUUAUUUCCUUAUCAAAGCUCAAUUAUCAUGAGAGCAACAUUAGACGUGUCUGGCUCAAUCUACCAUUAUAUUACGAAACCAGGAACGAAUAAGUUGAAGCCUGUGUACCCGUUUCCACGAGACAUAUGCGACGAGUAUGGUUACUGCGGUCCCAACGCCAUCUGCGCAGUUGACAAGGCACAGAGAUGCGAAUGUUUCAAAGGAUUUUCCCCCAAGUUUAGGAAGGAAUGGGAGCUUCGAGACUGGUCUAAUGGAUGUGGUAGAGUUAGGGCGUUGAAUUGCGAGAGUGGAGAUGAUUUUGUAGAGGUUAGAGGGGUGAAGUAUCCUGAUAUGCUGAGAUACUGGUUGAAUACUAGCAUGAGCCUUGAGCAGUGCAAAGCUGAGUGCUUGAAAAACUGUAACUGCACCGCGUCUGCUCAACCAUACAUAAGUAAUGGAGGCAGAGGCUGCUUGAUGUGGUUUGGGGAUCUCCUUGAUACCAGAGAGGUUUCUGCAGCAGAUAGCUUGCAGAAUAUCUAUAUUCGAGUACCACUUUCAGAACUAGAUUUUAACUCCAAUUUGGAGACAAAGAAAGCGACUACUAAUUUAAUACUAAUAUCAAUUGCUACUGGAGUCCUUGUCUCGAGUUUUAUCAACGGAGGUUUUCUUUUACUGACAAGAUGGAAGCAGCAAGCACUAAAGAGGAAGAAGAACGAGGAUAUAGAAUUGCCUUUGAUCAAAAUGGCAGCUAUUCUAGAAGCAACAAACAAUUUCUCCGAAGACAAUGUGAUAGGAGUAGGAGGUUUUGGUCCUGUUUAUAAGGGCAAUCUGGCACCUGGAGAAGAAGUUGCAAUCAAAAGAUUGUCUAAAACUUCUCAACAGGGUCUUGAAGAGUUCAAGAAUGAAGUCAUCUUUAUUGCCAAGCUUCAGCAUAGAAACCUCGUCAGGCUUCUUGGAUGUUGCAUUGAAGUGGAUGAAAUGAUGCUAAUAUAUGAAUACCUACAGAAUAAGAGCUUGGAUAAUUUUGUUUUUGAUCAAGAUCGAAGGACACUUUUGACAUGGCCUAAGCGCUUUGACAUUAUCAUGGGAAUCGCAAAGGGAAUGCUUUAUCUCCACCAUGAUUCCAGGGUAAAGAUUAUCCACCGGGAUCUAAAAGCAAGUAACAUUUUACUAGAUGCUACUUUAAAUCCAAAAAUAUCAGACUUUGGCUUAGCAAGAACAUUUGAAGAGGAUCAAUGUCUAUCUAGAACAAAGAGAGUUGUUGGAACAUUUGGCUAUAUGGCUCCAGAAUAUGCAUUUCACGGGAAAUUCUCUGUGAAGUCUGACAUCUAUAGUCUUGGAGUGGUACUGCUAGAGAUAAUAAGUGGGAAAAAGAUCAAUGGAUUUCAACACAACGAUCAUUGUCAUACUCUCCUAGACCAUGCAUGGCUGCUAUGGAAAGAGAAGAGGAUUAUGGAAAUGAUGGACGAGUGUUUGAAGGAAACAUGUGUUGAAUCCCAAGUGAAGAGAUGCAUACAUGUGGGGUUAUUAUGCGUUCAAAAUUUGGCAGAGGAUAGACCAAUCAUGCCAUCAGUGGUUUUAAUGUUAGCAACUGAUGGAGCGAUCCUGCCUGAACCUAAUGAGCCUGGAUAUUACAUUGGAGGAAGCUAUAUCCCUCCACCAAGUUGGAAACCGCCUACUAUUAAGUCCGAGAGUGGCACACUUACCAUUACCGACUUGGAGGCCAGAUGAGAUAUUGCUACUUAAUUGCUCUGUGUAUUUGAGCUCCUAGACCAGCCACCUGGUUGGUUGGAAAUUCUAUGUUUAUGUUCACAUAAUUCGGAGAUGUAAGAUGAGUUCAAGUUUAGAAAGAUAGAUUAAAAGAUUGCAUAUAAUGAUAUAAUUUCCUAGUUUGUUUCUAACUUUGGUCUUCGUGUAAAUGUUUCUAACUCCAGAACUAUAAUUUGAAGAAUAUUUAGAAUUGUUAA